AUGGAGAAAACCAUUACAGCUUCCCAGACGUUGUACCUACCUCAUCAAUGCCAAUUGGAAGUGUUCAAAGAUAUUCUCGUCCAGAAUGGAUACGUCUUGGACAAUGGUCGCGGGAACACGGAUGAUAUCACGUUGUUGCGCUUUUUGCGCGCGCAGAAAUUGGAUCUAGAUCGAGCCUUUGAGCAGUUUGACACCGCCCAAACCUGGCGCCAACAACACAACAUCCAAACCUUCUACGACAAUGUUGAUGUCAAUUAUUAUGAAGAAUCGAGAAAGAUGUACCCUCAGUGGAUCGGUCGACGGGACAAAAGUGGUUGCGCCAUUUACAUAUUUCCAAUGCGGUACCUGACAAUAAAGCGAUUGGAUGCUUACUUGAAGAAAAUAUCCUCCUGCCCUACAUCAGGCGAACACAUGGUCGACAAGCCCGAUGUUGGCCCUCGGGAUCUUCAUUUUCACGCCCUAUACGAGAACCUCCAACAUUUCGUCUUUCCAUUCGUCUCACAACUAGCAAGACCAGAUAUGAGCACUCCUAUCAGUGCAUCCACCCAUAUCGUCGAUGUGAGCGGAGUCAGCAUACGUCAAUUCUGGAGUAUCCGGAAAUAUCUCCAAGAGGCGAGUGCGACGGCCACGGCGCACUAUCCAGAGACACUCGGUCGAGUUUUUAUCGUCGGUGCGCCCGCGUUCUUCAAAUCCAUAUGGGACAUGAUCAGUCAAUGGUUCGACCCAGUCACUCGGUCGAAAAUCUUUCUCCUCUCUACCUCCGAUGCUGAGACGACUCUACGCACUUUCAUCGAUCCAUCUAAUUUGCCAAAAGUUUACGGUGGUGAGCUGGAGUGGCAAUGGCAGGACUUGCCGAACUUGGAUGGCCCCGCGAGAGAGUUGAUGGAAAGGUUGCAUCAGGAUACUGUUGAGGGACAUACAUUUCCAAAGGGGCCUAUUGUUUUCGAGAAGGGCUGUAUCAGGCUUCUGGGAACCAUUGAUGGGCAGCCGAGACGCGAUGGCGUCUGUCUAAAAUAG